AUGGAACCCAUCCACAUCACCACCCCGUCUUCAACCCUGCUAGCGCGGGUGAAGAUGAUGGUUCCUCCAAUGCUCGAAAAGUUUCACAAGGGGCAAUUGGGUCGAGUUGCCGUUAUAGGUGGAAGCGCCGAGUAUGAAACUCUCUACAUGUCUGAUGUCCAACCACCAUCUGAUUUGAUAAAAGUUAUACAGGAGCGCCCUAUUUUUCAGCAAUGGCUUCUGCUCGGCUGUGACAUGAGUCACGUAAUAUGCGAAAAGUCCGCUGCGCCAGUAAUAAAAGCGUACUCCCCCAACCUAAUGGUCCAUCCAAUACUUCCCAGCAGCGCAUCCGUCGCGUCAGAAGAAGAAAAAGACUCAGACUCGCUGGCCAGCCCCAUCCUCGACAUGCUUCCGCGCCUACACGUGCUCGUAAUCGGCCCUGGACUCGGCCGGGACGGGGUAACGCAAAAAGUGGUCGAAGCAGUUAUGACAGAAGCGCGCAAGCAAUCCGUGCCGUUUGUGCUGGAUGCAGAUGGGUUGAUGCUGGUGACCCAAAACCCAGAUUUGGUCCGUGGAUACAAGGAGUGUAUCCUGACCCCGAAUGUCGUCGAGUUUGGCCGGCUGGCAAAGGCUCUCGGAAUACAGGUGUCUAGUCAAGGUGACAUUGAGAAAAAAGAAACCGGCUCUUCCAAAGAGGAUAAAACAAGCCAGGCAUCAGAAGCAUGCGAAAAGCUAGCUCGCGCGCUCGGCGGCGUGACAAUCAUCCAAAAGGGUCCGCAAGACAUCAUCUCCAACGGCGUCACCAGUAUAAUAUCCGACAUUGAAGGCGGGCGGAAACGCAGCGGCGGACAGGGCGACACACUGACGGGCUCGCUGGGCACGUUUUUAGCCUGGCGAUCCGCAUAUCUCAACGGGCUGUGGGAUACGGCCGAAAAACCGAGUGAGCGUGUUGCCGAGAGUAAAAAUGAGAUUCGGGACGAGUUGGAAGAUAACUCAAAGAAAAUGUCGUCGACGACGACCCUCCUCUUGGCUGCGUAUGCGGGCAGCGCGUUGACGAGGGAUUGCUCGCGGCGCGCGUUCAAGGCCAAGGGGAGAAGUAUGCAGGCGAGUGAUUUGACGGAUGAGGUUCACGAGUCUUUUUUGCAUUUGAUCGGUGAGCCGGAGCAGUCGAAGCUGUGA